AUGUGCAACGAACUCAUCCAAGUCUACGCCUGCGGCCACUCAAAAGACAUAUGCACAACACCCUGCCCACACGCACAAGACACCGCCAGCCCAGCAACCAUCUCACGCUCAAACUCCGUCGUUUCAUCAAUCGCGCCAUCAGCAAAGCAAAAUGUCGGGACCAACUCGCCAGCGCAGCGCUCCCCCCUACGUACCGUCAACCCAAGCGCAGCCACGCCCAACGAGCCGCGCGCCCCAGCAUUCCGAUUCAACAUCCCGAGCCAACACGCUCUUUCACCUACCUUCUCCACGACAAACACGAACAUGAACAGCCAACAUACCCUGCCAUCUCGUUACUCGACAUCCUCCUCCCCCUCAACAUCAGGUCCCACUUCACCAACCGCCUUCUCUAACCAACCACCUAGCCCCGUCACACCAGUGCCGAAUUUCUGCCCCUACGUGUUUCCCCCGCGCUUCCUUCCGCGGUCGCGGUUCCCGUGCCUGGGCUGCUAUAUGCAGCCUGAGUGGGAGGGUAUGCGGAGUGCGUGGAUGGAUAAUUAUCGGCAUGGGCAUCCGAUGGAUGGGAUGGAGGAUUUGGAGAGGUUAAGUGGGAUUGAGGGGGUGAGGGAGAGGUUGGGAUUGUUGUGA